AUGCGACAUUUCAAAACUUUUCUUUUUUCCGUCUUCCCCAUAAUCUCUCUGCAGAUAAAAAAGAUUUUCUGGGAACGAUGUUCGUGAAACGAAAUCCGAUUAGAGAAGCCACCGCCGGGAAAAACUCUCCGCCGUCGUCACCGACUUUGAAUGUUGCAGUCGCACAUAUAAGAGUUGGAUCUUAUUACGAAAUCGAUCCUUCGAUUCUUCCUCAGAGAUCGCCGGAGAAUCUUAAAUCGAUUAGAGUCGUCAUGGUUGGCAAAAUCACGGCGAGCGAUGUGUCUCUCCGGUACCCAAGCAUGUUUUCACUCCGAUCGCAUUUCGAUUACAGCAGGAUAAACCGGAAUAAACCGUUGAAGAAGAGGAGUGGUGGUGGUCUUCUUCCUGUUUUUGACGAGAGUCAUGUGAUAGCUUCGGAGCUAGCUGGAGACUUGCUUUAUAGAAGAAUCGCACCUCAUGAGAUUUCUAUGAAUAGAAAUUCCUGGAGUUUCUGGGUUUCUGGUUCUUCUCGCAGGAACAGAUUUCCACGAAGGGAGAUGGUUUCUCAACCGGCGUAUAAUACUAGGCUCUGUCGCGCUGCUUCACCGGAGGGAAAGUGCUGGUCUGAGCUGAAAUCUGGAGGGAUGAUUAAGUGGGGAAGGAGAUUGCGUGUGCAGUAUCAGAGUCGGCAUAUUGAUUCUAAGAAGAAUAAGGAAGGUGAGGAGAGUUCUAGAGUGAAGGAUGAAGAGGUUUGCAAAGAAGAGAUAGAGAAAGAGGAUGGUGAUGAUGGGAAUGAAACAGAAGGCACUAAACAAGAAGAUGCAAAGGAGAUAACUGAUGGAAAUCGUAAGAGAAAGUUUAUUGAAUCAAGUACUGAGAGACUCGCUCAGAAGGCUAAGGUUUAUGAUCAGAAGAAGGAAACUCAAAUCGUGGUUUAUAAGAGGAAAUCAGAGAGGAAAUUCAUUGACAGAUGGUCUGUUGAGAGGUACAAACUAGCUGAGAGGAACAUGUUAAAAGUGAUGAAGGAGAAAAAUGCAGUGUUUGGCAACUCCAUACUCAGGUCAGAGUUGAGGUCAGAAGCAAGGAAGCUGAUUGGUGACACGGGCCUAUUAGAUCAUCUGCUUAAGCACAUGGCUGGUAAGGUGGCUCCUGGAGGUCAAGAUAGGUUUAGGAGAAAGCACAAUGCAGAUGGGGCAAUGGAGUAUUGGUUGGAGAGUUCUGAUUUGAUUCACAUAAGGAAAGAAGCAGGUGUUGAAGAUCCUUACUGGACUCCUCCACCUGGUUGGAAGCUUGGUGACAACCCUACUCAAGAUCCUGUCUGCGCUGGAGAAAUCCGUGACAUCAGAGAAGAAUUAGCUAGCCUGAAAAGAAGAGGAUUGGAGAAACUCGCAUCAAAGAAGGAAGAGGAGGAGCUUGUUAUCGUGACUACACCUAAUUCUUGUGUUACUAGUCAGAAUGAUAAUCUGAUGACUCCAGCAAAGGAAAUCUACGCUGAUCUGCUAAAGAAGAAAUACAAAAUUGAGGACCAGCUAGUGAUAAUUGGAGAAACCUUGCGUGAAAUGGAGGAAGACAUGGGAUGCCUAAAGAGAACCGUGGACGAAAACUAUCCUAGAAAACCAGACUCAACAGAGACACCUUUGCUACUAGAGGAUUCACCACCAAUACAGACACUAGAAGGAGAAGUGAAGGUAGUGAACAAGGGUAACCAAAUCACAGAGUCACCUCAAAACAGAGAAAAAGGAAAGAAGCAUGAUCAACAAGAACGAUCACCACUUUCACUUAUAAGCAACACUGGUUUCAGAAUCUGCAGGCCUGUGGGGAUUUUCGCAUGGCCCAAAUUGCCUGCUCUUGCUGCUGCUACUGAUACUAAUGCUUCUUCGCCAAGUCACCGACCAGCCUACCCAUCUCCUUGUCCAGUCAAGCCACUUGCAGCUAAGCGUCCUCUCGGCUUGACAUUUCCCUUCACCAUCAUACCCGAAGAAGCUCCCACAAAUCUAUUCAACGUUUGAAGCUGCCAUCGCAAACUGAUGCAUCAGAUCUUACUUCCCAUACAAGUAAUCUGAUGUGAAUUGGUAAGGUCUCUCUUCCAUGAAAGAUUCAAUAACUACAAGCGAGGAGGUAUUUAAAAGGGAAAUAUCACUUUAUUAUUAUAUAAGGAACUAUAUAUAUGGGAAUAAUUUGGCAAAUUUUGA